UGACCACCCCCAAACCUCAGAGGAAGCACCAGGACCAGCCCACUAGCUGGUCAUGUGAUUAAUUCCAGCAACUUCUUUUGGUCCAAGCUGAAGUUACAAGCAAAGAAAUGGGACUGAAGCUGUAUAUUCUGGUGUUUUUGUUGAGGGGUCUACAGUUCCAGGCCACAUCAGCAAGCCAUUCUUUCAGCAUUGAUUACACAAAUAACAGCUUCCUCAAGGAUGGUGUUAAAUUUCGCUAUAUCUCAGGCAGUAUCCAUUACUUCCGUAUUCCACCUGCCUAUUGGAAGGAUCGGCUUCUCAAGAUGUACAUGAGUGGUCUUAAUGCUGUGCAGAUCUAUAUACCCUGGAACUACCAUGAGCCAUUGCCUGGUGUCUACAAUUUUUCUGGUGAUAGAGACAUAGAGGGAUUCCUGGAUCUGGUUGCCCAUUUUGGCCUCUUAGUGAUUUUGCGACCUGGCCCCUACAUCUGUGCUGAAUGGGAGAUGGGUGGCCUUCCAUCCUGGCUGUUGUCAAAGCCAAAUAUUGCCCUCCGAACAUCUGAUCCAGAUUUCCUGCAAGCUGUGGACAAAUGGCUGAGUAUACUGCUACCUAGGAUCAAGCCCCAUCUCUACAUCCAUGGAGGGAACAUCAUCAGUGUCCAGGUGGAGAAUGAAUAUGGGAGCUACUAUGCCUGUGACUAUGACUAUCUGCGCCACCUUGUGGGUGUCUUUCGGGCCCACUUGGGUGACAAAGUUCUGCUCUUCACCACUGAUGGCACCAAAGAAUCUGAGCUCCAAUGUGGGACACUGCAAGGGCUCUAUGCUACUGUGGACUUUGGAUUAGAUGAAAAUGUGACGGAGGCAUUUGAGAAGCAGCGAAUAUAUGAGCCAGGAGGACCAUUGGUGAAUUCUGAAUACUACACAGGUUGGCUGGAUUAUUGGGGUGAGCCACAUGCCACAAGAAGUGCUGAGGCGGUGGCUCAUGGCCUAGAGAAGAUGCUAGAACUGGGAGCCAACGUCAACAUGUAUAUGUUCCAGGGUGGUACCAGCUUCGGUUACUGGAGUGGUGCUGAUUACAAUAAUGGCAUUUACAAUCCCAUCACUACUAGUUAUGAUUAUGAUGCACCUCUCUCAGAAGCUGGAGACCCUACUGACAAACUGUAUGCUAUUCGGACUGUCAUUAGCAAGUUUCAGGUGUUGCCUGCAGGACCAAUGCCACCCCCUACACCAAAGAUUGCAUAUGGCUAUGUAUCCCUACCACAGCGUGUGGCCCUGCUGGAUGUUCUAGGCCUUCUUUCACCUUCCCUGCCAUUCUUUUCCUCCUUCCCACUCACCUUUGAGUCCCUCAAGCAGCCCAAUGGCUUCAUGCUCUACCGCACACUUCUCCCACAUGACAUCCAGGAGCCAGUCUUGCUCAGUGCCUCUGAGAAUGGAAUCCAUGAUCUUGCCUACAUUCUGCUCAAUGGAGUGUAUAAAGGGACACUAGAACGGAACAAAGUAAAUGGAAUGAAUAUAUCUGGCAAGAUAGGGGACACACUGGAUGUGCUGGUGGAGAGCAUGGGCCAUAUCAACUUUGGAGCCAAUGAGAGUGACUUUAAGGGUCUGAUCCAGAAUCUCACCCUGGGUUCCACCACACUCACUGACUGGCUCAUCUACCCACUGGACAUUGAUACAGCUGUGGCUCAUGCAUGGCCCCCAACUGCCCCACCAAGCAAUGGGACUACAGGGCCUGCUUUCUACACUGGAUUCUUCAUAGCACCCGGUAUCACUGAGGACUCCUUUGUGAAGUUCCCAGAUUGGCACAAGGGCCAGAUUUGGAUUAAUGGUUUUAACCUGGGUCGGUUCUGGCCAGCUCGUGGACCCCAGGAAACUCUCUUUGUGCCAGGUUCACUCCUCAGUGGUUCAUCUGUCAACACUAUUGUAGUUCUGGAACUGCAGAAAGCUCCAGAGAAGCCCAGAGUCCUCUUCCUUGACCGGCCUCUUCUCAAUGGUACCCUUAUUUCUACCCACAAAAACACAAAUAAAAGCAAUUUGCGUCUAGCUAUAUCACUGCUGAAAUCUGCAGGUGUGACACCAGCAAAAAGAAAACAGAAAGCCUUACCUUGAAGUGGCCAUGUUACAGGGGUCAAACUAAUAAAGGGUACUCUUCAGA